AUGCAAGCAGCAAAUCGUCUCCAGAAAUCCCUCCGAAAACGAGAACCCGCCUUCGGAGCCUGGCAAAUGCUCCCUGGCACGAACCUCGCCAGAGUUAUAUGCCGAUCGUCACCAAGUCCCGACUGGCUCCUUGUCGACUUAGAGCACGGCAACAUUUCAGACGAUUCAAUGCACGAGAUAGUGGCCGCAUCAGCAGCCUGCGGCGUCUCCCCCAUCGUUCGUGUCCCCGAGGGUCAGUCCUGGAUGAUUAAGCGUGCCCUGGAUUCUGGUGCGCACGGAAUCCUUGUACCCGUUCUGGAGACAGUGCAAGAUGCGAAGAACAUAGUGCAGUACUCAAAGCUACCACCUGUUGGAACUCGAGGUUUGGAGAGUCUCCUUGCAGUGGAGAAGCUUGUUGAGCAGCAUCCGCACGGCGGGAAAGUUAAACAGUUGACCGGCGCGAAAUAUGCACAGCAAGCCAACGACUCGCUGGUUAUAGCGGUACAGAUCGAGACGAAAUCUGCCUUGGAGAAUGUAAAGGAAAUUGCUGCUGUUCCAGGCAUUGAUGUUUUGUUUAUUGGCCCUUUUGACCUUGGCAUCAAUAUUGGCCGUCCUAUUUCUAGUCCGGAUCAGAUGGAUCCGGAGCUUGUUGAUGCCAUUCAAUCAAUUCACGAUGCUGCGCAAUCAGCUGGUAAGGCUACAGGGAUUUACUGCGAUACCGGUGAGCAGGCGAGGGAGUAUGCCAACAGAGGGUUUCACAUGGUGAGCGCCAUAACCGACAUGAUAGGGAUUCGGAAAGUGUUCAAUCAAGCUUUUACCGCGACAAAGUGA